GCCGACGUUAUGGGAGGCAGCGCCUCGGGCUGGAGCAGCGGCGGUGGUGCACGUAGGAGUGUCCUCGUGGGCGGCGCCGGAGGCGGGUUCUUGGCUGUACCGUCGGAGGGGUUGGGAGGAGCUGCCAGGGGGAGAAACAGCCGUGCCAGCAAUAGCGGUGGAGAGGAUGAAUGGCCUCGCCCCAAGAGCAGCGCAGGAGAAACAAAGAGGGAGAGGAGGGAUCUGUGGAGGUAGUGACGCUAGUCUGUGGAAUAUGGAUGGGACCCUGAUCUACGUUUUCUGGUUACCGACCCGCUGGCUGGUGGGCUGGUUGAAAAGGGAGGAGGGUUAGGGUCACAAAGUUCAAUACUGCCAGUUCUUGGGCUGGUCUGGUAUUGCUGGGUCUUGUUUCUUUUUUCUGCCUUCUGGAUUCACGCAAAAAUAGGGCGGAUGGGAUAAGUUGGGCAAGUGGUUACGAGGAGGAUUCACAAGAACGAGGUAAUGACGGAAACGAAGUUGAUGGUGUUGGUCAUUAGCAAAAAGAUACCAUUCAUGGAGGCAAAGUACCUAGGCGAAUUGUUUUGGUUUUUCGGUUACUGUUUUUUCUCUCUUUUGAAGUAUCCCCGAGCCAUAGAGACCUUGUUGGAUAUGGAGUCUACUCAUAGUUGUCUGCUUGCUUCGUCGGUUCUUCCGCUUGCCGCUAUUAGAGAUUGCUGCUUCGAAAAUCACCGGGACAGCAGAGAAACAAGGGAGUUCUAUACAGGCUAUCUGAAGGGCAGUGUAGUUCUAUUCGUACUCCCUUUCCUUCUCUUUGUGGUCCGAGGGGUAUAGACUCUGGUGAUAUAAGUCAGGCAAGGAUUAGUGAUAGUCUCGUGAUGAUGCUAGCCAAGGCUUGAAACUUUGAACUGAAAGAGCCUGGAACAGGCUCUUGAGGCGUCCGUCUAGUGUUGAUGGGACAGGGGGGGAUAAUCAGGAGUAGAUAGAAGUAUUAUUGUUGAUUGCGCGGCGGGCGACUAUUGAGUUUUCCCUCCUUCUGUUUUUGUAUGGCUCGCUGUAAUUGUGGUAGACUGUGCUCAUUAUGUGUGUCUACUGCGUAUAUAUACUUGGCCUUGACUGGACUCGAACUUCUCAUACUCGUUUAGACUCAGGUGGAAACUAUGGCAAGCUGAGAAUGGCCGGCUUAAACAUGGC